AUGGCAACAGCAAGAAAACCUGCUGCGUGUUUAAGCGAAAUUACUGAACACAUAUCACCAGCUAGUUUGAAACGAGAAUUUCAAGGUGAUGCUUCAGCAAACGAACGAACUCUUCACGUUCUUCAAUGGAAUAUUCUUGCACAAGGCUUAUCAAAUCCCCAUCGAAAUUUUGUCCGAGUGAAAGAUGAAACAGUAGCGUUCGCUACUCGUAAAUGGCGCAUUUUGGAACAAAUUCUUGUUAAUCAACCUGAUUUAUGUUCAUUGGAAGAAGUAGAUACGUAUGAAUGUUUUUUGAAACAUCGUCUACCGAAUUAUGGUUACACGUGUUUUUUUACACCAAAACCGAAAUCACCAUGUUUAGUUUUUCAAAAUGAUGUUGCGAAUUUCAAAGGUGCGGACGGUGUUCUUCUGUGUUACAAAACACACUUAUUCGAAGAAAUUCAACGUUAUCAGUAUGAACAAUCUAAAGACGACACUACAGGCAAACCGUUCUUUGCUGCUCUUGAGUUGAAGCAUAAACCAUCAUCAACGAGUAUUGUUUUUGUUGGAACACAUUUAAAAGCAAAGAUACCAUUUGCUCAUCUACGAGCAUCGCAAACACAGGCGAUUCUUCAAUAUUUAUCCGAACAUUAUUCACAACAGUCGCAUGUAAUCAUUGCAGGUGAUUUUAAUGGCGGCUCCAAUGAGCCUUUUUAUGAUGCUAUUCGUCAAGCUGGUUUCUCUAGUGCUUACCGAACGUUCUUGAACGACCAAGAACCUCCAUUUACCACGUGGAAAUUUCGAGAACGCGAUGGAGUCGAGAUUGAUCAAUGCGGAACUAUCGAUUACAUCUUUUAUAAACCGGGAGGUUUUGCACCAGUGGCUAUUUUGAAACUGCCAAGCAAAGAAGCUAUUGGUCCUAAUGGUCUCCCAUCGAAUGAGUAUCCUUCUGACCAUUUAGCCAUUGAAACAAUUUUCAGUAUUAAGUCUUAA